GCCUGGGAAAGGCGCUGCCAACCCCGCUCAAGUAAUGGAACACACCCGGAACUUGAGUUCCUUAUUGAUUCAUCUAAAACAAUCUUUGGUUUGUACUUAUGUGCAGCAAAUGUGCACGAGUGGGUAAUGCUGAACUUUAAAGAGCGAUAAAACAUGUCUGGUGUGGACGUCGCUAAAGAGGAACUUAAAGAGAUUGACAUAUGUGACAACAUCUGCUCGGAGGAGGAGAGUGGAGUUUUCGUCAACUCAAGUGCGUCGUAUCUUGACGGCUUCUCGGCGCUUCACAAAUGGGUUUCAAAGGGACGUUCAGUCUCAGAUACAAACUGUGAGUGCGUCCAAACAGCUUCAUCAUUAUCAGUCUCACUAUCCAAGUGCGCAAAAGAGCCUCAUGGAUCACCAGCUGGAGAGAUCCGUAUGGAGAGAAGAGGAGGAGGUGGAGGGGGGGUUCAUGAAGCAGGUGUGUAUUCGGAUGAAGAUGAUCUAAGAGCGUCCCGGGCAUCAUCUAUAGUGGAGUGUCUGUUAGUGGAGCUCUAUGACACAUACAGUAAUAGCGUCAGAGGGGUGGACAGCUCGACCGAAGCCUCCAGCUCGGAUGCCUUCCUGGGAAGGAGCAACGCUGGCUCCAACUUUCUGCAGGAACUUCAGGAGAAACACACGAGACGUCAUCAGAUGAAAUAUCUCACUCAAAAAGGUCCGGAGGAGCUGAAGUGGAUCGUUCAAGAGGUGAAGUAUCGCAUCGCUGUACAGUCGGCCAAACUGGUACGUCAGGUCAAGAGGAAGGACAGGCUCCGGCAGAAGUUUCAGAAGAACUGUGACAUAGUCACCGCCUGCCUGCAAGCCGUUUCUCAGAAAAGACGGGUGGACACCAGGUUGAAGUUCACUAUCGAACCGUCUCUAGGCAAAAACGGCUUUCAACAAUGGUACGACUCUCUGAAAGCAGUGGCCAGACUCCCUGUGGGUAUUCCCAAAGAGUGGAGGAAGAGGGUAUGGCUGACCCUGGCUGACCAGUACCUCCACAGCAUCUCCAUAGACUGGGAGAAAACCAUGAGAUUUGCCUUUAACGAUCGCAGCAAUCCAGAUGAUGACUCUUUGGGAAUCCAAAUAGUGAAGGACCUGCACAGGACAGGCUGCAGUUCCUACUGUGGCCAGGAGGCGGAGCAGGACCGGGUGGUGCUGAAGCGGGUACUGCUGGCAUACGCCCGCUGGAACAAGACUGUCGGCUACUGUCAGGGCUUCAAUGUUCUGGCUGCCCUCAUUCUGGAGGUCACAGAGGGAAACGAAGGAGAUGCAUUAAAGGUUAUGAUCUAUUUGAUUGAUAAAGUGCUUCCCGAUAGUUACUUCGCCAAUAACCUGCGUGCCCUCUCAGUGGACAUGGCCGUGUUCAGAGAUCUUCUGCGACUGAAGCUUCCAGAACUUUCUCAGCAUCUCCAGCACCUCCAGAAAGUGGCCAAUCGGGAAGGUGGAGGCAGCUAUGAGCCUCCGCUUACCAACGUCUUCACCAUGCAGUGGUUUUUGACCAUGUUUGCCACCUGUUUGCCCCAUCACAACGUGCUGAAGAUCUGGGACUCGGUCUUCUUUGAGGGCUCUGAAAUGCUGCUGCGUGUGGCUCUGGCCAUCUGGGCCAAACUCGGAGAGCGAAUUGAGGAGUGCCAGACUGCUGAUGAAUUUUAUAGCACUAUGGGCUGCCUGACACAGGAAAUGCUGGAGCAUAAUCUUAUCGACUCCAAUGAACUCAUGCAGACGGUCUACUCCAUGGCCCCGUUCCCGUUCCCCCAGCUGGCUGAGCUCAGGGAGAAAUACACCUACAACAUCACUCCGUUCCCUGCCCCGGUCAGAGCCAACAGCAGUCUGACACUCCAUGGAUGGGAGAGUGAUGAUGAUGCUGACAUGGAUGAUGAAGACUCUAUCGUCACUGCCCUGGGCUGCCUGGGGCCUCUUGGUGGGCUUCUGGCCCCUGAAAUCCAAAGAUACCAAAAGCACCUUAAAGAUCAGAGAGCAGAUCAGAGCUCUCAGGGCAGUAACAUGGCCGAGCUCAGUCCCGGAGCGGUGGGCGCGGGACGGGCCGAGCAUCAAGCGGCCAUCAACAGCAUGAUGCUGGAGCGCAUGAGCACUGACAUCAGCGCGCUGAAGAAACAGUACUCGCGCAUCAAACAAAAACAGCAGCAGCAAGCCGGGCUACUUUACAUCCAUUCAGGACCUCCAGUGGAAGCUGAAACUAUUGAACCUCAUCAACCCAGUAAACAGCAGAACCAACACACUGACAAGUGUCCCGCCACCAGUAUCCUUGCCUCCCAAAUUGGUCCCUCCCCUGUGGUCAACCAUCUUCUCUUGGGCAGGAAGCCCAGACCCGCUCAGCGAUCCUCAAAGAAUUGUAUCAUCCAAAAUGGUGGAGUUCCCCAAGCCCACUCCACCCCCAGCCAGGAUCAGAUGAAGCAGCCAAGACAUCAUUCCCCAUGGCGAACACAUGUGCGUGCGCACCGCAGGAACAUCGCCAGGGCCCGGGCACAGCUCGGCUUUGACGAUUCUCUGGAGAUAGAAGAUGAUCAAACUGACAGCAAAACGGAAGAAGCAUCUGAAGAGGGAGAGGAGAGAAGACUUGAGGAAAACAAAGAGGAUGAAGAGCACAAGAAGUUGGAGAAUGAAGAGCACGAGAAGUUGGAGGAUGGAGAGCAAGAGAAGUUGGAGGAUGAAGAGCAAGAGAAGUUGGAGGAUGGAGAGCAUAAGAAGUUGGACGAUGGAGAGCACGAGAAGUUGAAUGAUGGAGAGCAAGAGAAGUUGGAGAAUGAAGAGCAAGAGAAGUUGGCGGCUGGAAGCUCAGAUGUCUCUCAGCAAGAUCACAGCGCUGGAGAAGGAGAGGAACUCCAGCAGAUCGACGACCGGCUGUCUUCCCUAGAACUGGAACCAGAACCAGCUUCUGAUCCACCUACACUAACUCCAGAACCGCAGCCGGAGCCCACGACCCCAGCUCAGCUCCCAUCCACCCGCCGUCCAGGUUCAGACUCUUCCAGCUCAGAAAGUGGAGGCUCCCUCAGAAGAAGCCCAUCAAUGCUGACAGGAGAACCUCCAAAACCUCAGCAGAUAUUCUCUCCGUUCCCCUGCGUAAAAACCCCUCGCAAGUCCAUUGCUGCAAGAAACUUGGGCCUCUACGGCCCAACUGCCAGAACUCCAAACGUGCACUUUCCCCAGAUGAGCAGAAGCAUGAACUGUGUAGGAAGCACCACGAAGCGCCGAUGAUGAGUUGUCGACUAGUGACGAGCACGAGAUGUUUGGGUUCGAAACUCCCUAACAACCAUGAAAGCACAUGCAUUCUGAACUCUAGUAUGCUUCCAGAUACUCCAACGUGCCGUGCCAUGAAGCAUGGCAUCUACAUUUAGGAACCAUAUUGGAUAAUGUAAUGCUCACAUGAAGUUAAUCAUAUGAAUUUAUGAAUGUAUUGUUUUUUUUUUUUUAAAUGAGAUCCUACCAAAACAUCUUGGAAUUAUAACCCGGCAGACACGAUCGGAUGAUGGUUCCACAAGCUCUUUCUGCAUGUUCAGGUCACCAGUAUUCGCUACAAUGCACUGUGUGUGUUUACUCAUAUGCUCCAAAGCUUAGAAAAUCACAUUUAUGUAAAAUAUCUCAUGUUUAAUGACUGUGGGAAAUGCUGCAGCUCUGCAUUCUUCAGUUUUCAAUCUGUGACUUCACUAUCAAGCCAAACUCAUGUCUCUUCACGUUUUGAUUUUUCCUUCAGUAAAUUAUCCAUUUGUCAUCUAAAAAAUACAUGUAAUGUUCAUUUAGUUUUUUUUAUUUUUGGAUUCUCUUGUUCUAAACUUGACUGAUUUUUUCUCAUUAUCAAUCUUUGGUGCUUAUGAGUAGUGAAGGAUCACAGACGCCCCAGAGAAUAAAAUACAUG